AUGGAGAAGGGAAAGAGAAGUACGAGCUACGGCGAUUUCGGCAUAGACAUAGCCGGGAGCUUCUUCAAGUCGAUAGAGGGCGUUGGACCCCUUUCACCCAGCACACGAAACACAAAGGUCACUGUUGUGGGCGUCGGAAAUGUAGGCAUGGCGGUCGCCCAAACCAUUCUAACACAGGAGCUAACAAACGAGCUCGUAUUAAUAGACGUGCAGGCUGAAAAGCUAAGGGGGGAGAUGCUGGACCUGCAGCACGCCGCCGCCUUUCUCCCUCGAACGAAGAUCAUGGCCGACACAGACUAUGCCGUCUCAGCUGGGUCGGACCUCUGUAUUAUCACAGCAGGGGCUCGCCAGCGCGAUGGGGAGUCCAGGCUCGCACUGGUCGAGCGCAACCUCCACCUGUUCAAAAGCAUUGUUCCCCAGGUCGUCAAAUACAGCCCCAAUGCCACUCUCCUGGUCGUGUCGAACCCGGUGGAUGUUUUGACGUAUAUUACCUGGAAGCUUUCGGGAUUCCCGGCGAAUAGAGUAAUCGGGAGCGGUACAAAUCUGGACACUUCGCGCUUCCAAUUCAUGAUAGCCGACCACCUGGAUGUGAACGCGCAGGAUGUGCAGGCGUACAUGAUCGGCGAGCAUGGUGAUAGCUCUGUGGCGCUCUGGUCCUCCAUCAGUGUGGGAGGGAUGCCCGUGCUGAGCUUCCUGGAUAAGAAUCAGAUUCCCUAUGAGAAGCACCAUCUUGAGGCCAUUCAUCACACUGUUGUUAAUAGUGCGUAUGAGGUCAUUAAACUUAAGGGCUAUACUUCCUGGGCUAUUGGGUACUCGGCGGCUAACUUGGCCAAGAGUUUGCUGCGGAACCAGAGAAGGAUCCAUCCGGUUUCUGUUCUGGCUAAGGGCUUUCACGGAAUUGAGGACGAGGUUUUUCUUAGCCUGCCUGCACAGCUUGGAAGAGGUGGUGUACUUGGCGUUGUUAAUAUCCACUUGACAGAAGAGGAGAGGCAUAGUCUCAUGAAGUCCGCCCGGGCCAUCCUCGACGUUCAACAGCACCUUACUAUUUGA